AUGGCAACCUGUUCCCGGCCACCCUCUCGAGCCCGCUCCCCUGUCAAUCAGGGACAGCUGGAACCCCUCUUUCCGCCAGCCUCCCCUGAGCUUGGCAAAAUAUCUCUCGAGCGGGUCAUCCGCCUCCUCUGGGGACUCCAAUCCCAGGUUGACCGCAUCAAGCGGGCCCUCUCGGAACAAGCCAAAGUUAGCCGAGAGGAUGGGCUUGCCCAGCUCCAGCACACCCAGGGUCCCCACACCCCAGAAGAACAAAAACCCCCUGCGGUCAAGGAAACUCCCAGGGCUGCGCCCAAAGCCAAGCCUAUUGGCAAGGCUCAACCCUUCCUUGGGGCCCCAGCCCCCAUCAUCUCCACAGGGGCUCCCCGGCGCAACCCCCUCUCAUUAUUCAACCCAUACCCUUCCUCCUCCUUCCCUUUGGGACCGGCUCCAGCCCCCCAAGGACCUCCACCAGCGCCUAUUGUCACCCCGGCGCAGCCUCCAGUCCCCUCCACUGUAAAGGUGGACCACCCAGAUGCCUUCAAAGGCAAAAUAGGGUCAGAGGCCAAACAAUGGCUAACACGCAUGUUGGCCUGGGUUUGCCUCAACCAGAGGCAGUUCCCCUUGGACCUGGAGGUCCUCAGCUUCCUUCUCAUGAACAUGGAGGAAGCGGCAGGGGCCUGGGCCCAUCCCCACCUGGACCAACUAGGGUCCCAUUGCACACUCAUCCAAACCGUGGAUGAGUUCAAGAACAAAUUCCUGGCUGCUUUUGGCAACCCAGAUGCAACCAGAGCAGCAGAGCGGAAAAUCACUUCCCUCACUCAAACCAGCACUUGUGCUGAAUAUAUUACUAAGUUCCGCACGCUGCAGAUGGAACUCAACUGGAACAACGCCGCGCUCCGCGGCCAAUUUGCGCAAGGACUUCACUGGGAGCUACAAGACGCUGCCCUCAUCAUUGACAACACCCUCUGCAAGGAGCAAGCCAGCCACCCACAACAGGGUAGUAAGCCUGGUAAAACUUCUUCCACCCCCAACCGGGGGGCAAGUACCGGCCAACAGGCCACAAAAACCGGUCCCCUCUCCUCCAAUCCCAACUACGUCUUGGAAGAGGAACGCAACCACCGCCGCACAGAAGGUCUCUGUGUGAAAUGCGGCAAAGCAGGGCAUAAGUUUGCCAAAUGCAGGACCGGCUGGAAGGCUACCCCCAGGGAGGAUAAGGGGAAAGCCAAGGAAACCGCCAAGACUGGCAAAGACUCCAAGUACCAAUUGGGAAAAGAGACCCCAAGGACUCUGGCUUACGUUUGGAAUUCUCCAGAAAAACAAGUGGAAUCAUUAGAAGUCCUGAUUGAUUCAGGCGCCACAUCAUCCUUCCUACACCCCCGUACUGCGGAACUACUCCGCCUUCCACUCAUUGAUCUCCCUAUACCCCGUAUUGUCACUAUGCUUGAUGGGUUGAGCCCCCAGGCUGGCAAAAUCUGGAAGAAGGCAGUCCUGACCUUCUCCCUUGAUGGCAAGAAAAUAACAGAGACCUUCCUUAUAUGUAAUACCGGUUCUCAUGCUGCUAUUUUGGGAUUGAAAUGGUUGGAGGCCCACAACCCAGAUAUUGAUUGGAAUACGCGCACCCUUACCUUCCCUCACACAACCCCCAAACACGUGGCCAUUGCUGAGGAAGAGGAAGCAGAUAAGAACCCUCUUGAAGGAGUACCCUCUGAGUACCAUCAAUACGCCAAGGUAUUUGGGGAAGAAGAAUUCAACAAACUUCCUCCUCACUGGCAUUAUGACAUUGGAAUUGAACUCACAGAAGAAGGACCUUUGAAUUUGCCCCUCUAUAGCAUGACUGACGCCAAAUCUGCCACGCUCAAGGACUGGCUCAGGGACAAACUCAAGGCUGGGAAAAUCCGUCCCAGUAAAUCAUCCAUUAGUUCCCCCAUCAUGUUUGUACCCAAAAAGGAUGGCUCCCGCCAAUUGGUUGUUGACUACCGCUGCCUUAACAACCGGACCAAGAAGAAUGUAUGCCCGCUGCCCCGUCCUGAUGAUCUUAUGGCCCAGCUCUGUGGUGCCAAAAUCUUCACUAAACUAGAUCUACGUUGGGGAUAUAACAACGUCCAGGUAAAAGAAGGCAACAAAUGGAAAACGGCCUUCCGCACUAAGUACAGCCUAUAUGAGUCCCUAGUCAUGACCUUUGGCUUAACCAACGCCCCCGCUGCCUUCCAACAUUUCAUGAACAAAUUGUUUAAAGAUCUGUUAGACGUUUGCGUCAUCAUUUACCUUGAUGACAUCCUGAUCUACUCAAAGGAUGACACAACUCACACGCAACAUGUUCAUGAAGUCCUGCAGCGGCUAUUGGAUAACCAACUGUUUUGUAAGGCAUCAAAGUGUACAUUCCACGUCACUUCUGUGGAAUACCUGGGAAUCAUUGUCUUGGAUAAGGGUUUUAGCCUGGAUAAGCUCAAGAUUCAGGCAGUACAAGAAUGGCUGGUCCCCACAAAGGUUAAAGAAGUCCAAUCAUUCUUAGGGUUUGCCAACUUCCUCCGUUGA